CUGAAAAAUCUCAAAGCUACAGCUUUCUAUCUUUUUUCUUACAGUGUUCACACUUUUAAGCCUUUAGCAUCCUCUAACAUCACACUGCACCCCCCCUGUCUGCCCUCCUCAUCUUCUAUCCAUCACGAGACCCUCUCAAAUCAGCCAGGAAGUGCAGAGACGGCGAAUGGGAACGUGGAGGCCAAAGUGGUGUGUUUCUACCGACGCAGAGACAUCUCUACAACACUCAUUGCCCUUGCUGAUAAACAUGCACGAGAAAUGGAAGAGGAGAUGGAGAACCCUGAAAUAGUGGAUCUCCCAGAGAAACAGAAGCAUCAGCUGAGACACAGAGAGCUUUUCCUCUCUAGACAGCUGGAGUCUCUGCCUGCGACACACAUCAGGGGGAAAUGCUGUGUUACACUUCUGAAUGAGACUGAAGCCCUCACGUCCUAUUUAGACAGAGAGGAUGCUUUUUUCUACUCGCUGGUAUAUGACCCUCAGCAGAAGACUCUGCUGGCUGAUAAGGGAGAGAUCAGAGUGGGAAAUAAGUACCAGGCUGACAUCACUGACCUCCUCAAAGAGGGUAAGACGUCUCUUCGUCUUAUUGAGUUAGACAUGGUCAAAGCUCUGAGCUCUUCAGAUGAGACCAUUAACCCACCACAUAUUACGGCUAUUUUGUUGAUGAUUUUAGUGAAGUAUUCAGCUUUUAUUUUUCUAUUCCAGCUUCCUUGGAAGUCUCUGACCAGCAUCAUUGAGUAUUACUACAUGUGGAAGACCACAGACAGAUACGUUCAGCAGAAACGAUUAAAAGCAGCCGAGGCUGAGAGCAAGUUAAAGCAGGUUUACAUCCCAAACUAUAACAAGCCCAGCCCUAACCAGUUGAGCGUGAACAGUGUGAAGCCAGGGCUUGUGAAUGGAGCAGGGGCUCUUCCGGGAUCACCAGGCCAGCCGGUCGGAUUGGGCAGAGCAUGCGAGAGCUGUUUCACCACUAGCUCGUAUCAGUGGUACUCAUGGGGGCCGCCCAACAUGCAGUGCCGACUGUGUGCCUCCUGCUGGACUUACUGGAAAAAGUAUGGAGGUCUGAAGAUGCCAACCAGACUGGAUGGAGAGAGGCCCGGACCCAACCGCAACAGCAUGAGUCCUCACGGUCUGCCCAUGAGACACGGCGGAAGCCCAAAGUUUGCCGUUAAGACCAGACAGGCUUUCUACCUGCACACGUCUCAGCUGACAAAAGCUACUCGACGCGUCUGCCAGGACCUGUUGAGAUCCAGAUAUUUGGCCAGACACCCGUACAUACCUGUCAACACUACCGCUAUCAAAGCAGAGUGUGCCAUCAGGUUGCCAGAUAUGUCCAAAAAGCCUCCAUCUCUAAAGCAGACAGUAAGGAAGCCUUUAGAGUCAGUGGUUAGAUAUCUGGAGGCCCACCCCUGCCCACCCAAAUCAGAUCCUCCACGAGGAGCCACCAUUUCCAUGGGCAGCCUGACGCCCAUCAAAUCCACGCCCAUCCUCAACAACGGCUCCCCCACCAUCCUGGGCAAACGCACCUACGAGCAGCACAACGGUUUGGAUGGGUCCAAACCCAAAAUUCUGGCUCCUCAGUGGGAAAUAAUGGCCAAGAGGGUGUCUGAAGCAGGUCGAACUCCCUCUGGCCUGCAGGAUGAGGUUCACGAGCUGGACUGACCUCUGCUUUAACAACUGACUGCUACACUCUGACCAGAUGAGCAGGUGAAUCGAGAUUUUUUCAGCUCUCAGCGACUGAUGGACCUAAGAACGGAUCUGCGGUCAGAAAGCCCUGUCCAGGCGGCCCAUUUUUACAGCUGAAGCCAUUGAAAAGACUGCAAAGCUCUGACAUUUCCAUGGGUUAAAACAGCCUGAAGCGCUCUGUUUUUUUUGCAGCCUGUGGCCAAUCGCAGGACUGACCUGAUUGUAUAGGACUGAUUAUUAUUAUUAUUUACCAUUGGCUGUUACUUCUGUCAUUGUAAUUAUAAUUAUUAUAAUUAUUACAAUUAUUAUUACUGUUCUUUUUAUCAAGUAUAACCAUUUUCUUUCUAAUGACUUGAGAAAAUGUAAGAAUCUUGAACGUUUCUUGAAACAACGUCCUUCCAAACCAUAAUGUAAAGGUGGGACAAACUGUCAUUUUUGUCUCUUGCGUUGUUUUGUAACAUGUCUGCUCUGAGCCGAUGUGAAGGACUAUAUGACUUCUGUUUCUCUUCAUUUGGAUGCUUGUAUUCUCCGGUUCUGUUAGCCCGUCCUGCCACAGUGGUUUAAAUUAUUCAGAAAGACAACGGAACGUUCUUUUUCUACCUUUUUCACGAGUAUUGCAACUGCUCCUAUGUAAUUUCUCUUUUGUGAAUAUGUAAAUGAAAACAGGAGGGAGGUGUUAUUGUACAGUGGCGCAUUUUGGGCCUUUGGUGGUUAUCAAAGCUUGUUGUAAUGGAUUUGCCAUGCACAGCGUAUUCUUUGAAAUAUCUUUUUGUAAGGAAACCUCCCUAGCUCUCUCUUGCAUAUACAGAGAGGUGAUGGGAACUCUGAAAAGGUACAACCCCGUUAAUACAAUGAUGCACCUUCUUAAGAAUGAGCUUGUAUGAAAGUGUGGUUUUUGAGUUAUUCCUCAC